AUGUCGCGAGAUCUCCCCUCACUCCGAGGCAGCACCCACCCAUUUACAAGUGAUGCGAGAAGGAUAAGAACUGCACCUACCCGCGAAUCUGCUCCUUUCUCUCUCGCAGGUCCCAGAGUUAGUCAGCCUUCCAGAGAGCAGCGGAGCUUUGUCAGUCAAGAAUAUCAGGAAUCCCGCCCCGAGUAUGGACAGCCAUCCAACGAGCCGAUAUGGGGGUUGGCUGCACCUUUGCCCCGGGUCAUGCGCCGGGGUAUGCGGUCUGCAACCACGAGGACAGCGGGAGACUCUAUGGAUGAGCCUACGAGAACCCGGCGGCAUGCUCGUGAACCGGCGCAUCAACAAUCGUCAGCCGAGAUACAACCUGCGCACCGGAUGGACGCCAGUCCCCUCAGACAUAGAGAGCCGGAGCAUGACCAUCCGGCCCGGAGAAGCGCUGAUACACGAACAUCUACCCACGCCCAAGAUCUCCUUCGCCGAGCAACCACUGCCAAUGUCUCGUCAUAUCUUAGCGAUCCAAUCGUCCCGCACAAUACAGUUCAACAGCCUGGUAUUCUCAGCGCAGAAACAAAGCGGAAAGAGCGCGAGCUGGUUGCUGAGAAUAUCAGUGCACACGACAAGGCCCGCUCAUCUUCCACAGAGGAGCAGAGAAGGAGAAAAGAAAAUCAAGAAACCGAUACCCACCCCUACACGUCUCCGAGCGGCUCGACGGCUCACGAAUCUUCCACAGAUCGGACACACGAUCUGGUGGUUGGACACGAACUGGAACGGGCGGUAAGGAGUGAGUCCGCCAUCGAAUCAGCACGGCGACGACUGCAACAACUGGCAGAUACGGCCGAGUACGAAAGUGGCUUGCGGCAGUAUCCACCGAACAUUGACUGGGAAGAAUAUCAUCCCUCAACAGACACGUUGCGAGAACGAUCCUCGCAACUGGUUGACCCUGAUCGACCACAAUUCUACAAUGCCUGGGGGCGCAUGCGGCAUAGAUUGCGGAAGCCGUUCGCAGAAUUUCUCGGCACCAUGGUCUUCAUGACGCUCGGUCUCUCAGGAUCUAUUGUUCACAUGACGGCAGGCAACGACUAUGCAAGUCUCCUUAUGGCGUACAUGGCAUGGGGUUUCGGCGUGAUGAUGGGAAUAUACAUUGCAGGCGGCGUCUCCGGUGCUCAUUUGAAUCCCACUAUCUCGAUCGUCCUGGCCGUCUUUCGAGGCUUUCCAUGGAGGGACUGCUGGCAAUUUGUUGCCGCCCAACUUCUUGGCUGCUUCACCGCGGCCGCACUCGUGUUUGGCCUCUACAGUGAAGCCAUCAACGACUACACGGCUUCAAAUGUUGCUCGUAUUGGCCCUGCAUUCUACACACUACCCCGUGCUGGAUUGAGCAAUGUCGCAGCCUUUUUCAGCGAGCUCGUUGCCAGCGCAAUCCUAGCCGGCUCGGUCCUUGCAUUAGGGGACGACGACAACGCACCACCGGGAGCGGGCAUGCAUGCGUUCAUCAUUGCCUUACUGGCCAUGACCAUCUCAAUCGCCUUCUCAUACAACACAGGUCCAGUUCUCAACCCUGCGCGGGACUUUGGGCCACGUCUGAUAACCUGGAUGGCCGGUUCCGGCGGCCAUGUGUUCACCGAACGUGAUUGCUGGUGGAUCUGGGGCCCUUGGAUCGCUACGAUCACUGGGGCGUUUGUGGGUGCAAGUGUCUAUGACAUUUUGAUCUUUAAGGGUGGAGAGUCUCCCAUAAACUACCCCACCGGCGCCUUAAGAGCGGAAUUCAAGGAAAGGCGGCAGAAGUCAAAGAUGGGACGGGGAAAGGAUAGCACUGGCGAUGUCAAUAAGGAGAUCAAUCUUGUUGCUUGA